UGAAAGUGCAGAACGUGAAGAGCACCACCAUUGCAGUGCGUGGCAGCCAGCCCAGCUGGGAGCAGGACUUCAUGUUAUGAAGAAAUAGAGGCCCAGAGAUGUCAAGUCACCUGCUCAGUGUCACAGCACGACCAUAGCUGGGAUGAGGACCCAGGCAUUUGUCAGCUCCCCAAAGAGAUGCCCCAAGAGGAUUCUGGCUGGGAGGCAUCUGAGAUGUGUCUCCCCGCCCCCCCAAGCACAGUCAGGGCCUGGUGGCCUGAGGAGGGCCAACAAGUUGGAAGAGCACAAACCGUACCUUCCGUUUGCUUCCCUCCCACCUGUGACUCUGGCUCCUUGUGGUAUUCUGAGUGAGAUUAACCGCCUGGAUUUGGGCCUGACUGUGGAGGUAUGGAACAAGGGUCUCAUCUGGGACACGAUGGUGGGCACUGUGUGGAUCCCACUGCGGACCAUCCGCCAGUCCAAUGAGGAGGGCCCUGGAGAGUGGCUGACACUGGACUCUCAGGCCAUCAUGGCCGAUAGUGAGAUCUGUGGGACUAAGGACCCCACCUUCCACCGCAUCCUGUUGGACACACGCUUCGAACUGCCCUUAGAUAUCCCUGAGGAGGAGGCACGCUACUGGGCCAAGAAGCUGGAGCAGCUGAAUGCCAUGCGUGACCAGGACGAGUACUCAUUCCAGGACGAGCCAGACAAGCCACUGCCGGUCCCCAGCAGCCAGUGCUGCAACUGGAACUACUUUGGCUGGGGAGAGCAGAAUGAUGACCCUGACAGUGCUGUUGAUGACCGGGACAGCGACUACCGCAGCGAAACCAGCAACAGCAUCCCGCCCCCCUACUACACCACGUCGCAGCCCAACGCUUCGGUCCACCAGUACUCGGUGCGGCCGCCCCCUCUGGGCUCCCGGGAAUCCCACAGUGACUCCAUACACAGUUAUGAGGAGUUCUCCGAGCCGAGGGCGCUUAGCCCCACGGGCAGCAGCCGCUAUGCAUCCUCCGGGGAGCUGAGCCAGGGCAGCUCGCAGCUGAGUGAGGACUUCGACCCUGAUGAACGCAGCCUGCAGGGCUCGGAGCUGGAUGAUGAGCGGGACCGGGACUCCUACCACUCAUGCCACAGCUCGGUGAGCUACCACAAGGACUCCCCACGUUGGGACCAGGAUGAGGAGCUGGAGGACCUGGAGGACCUGGAGGACCUGGAGGACCUGGAGGAUGAGCUGCCCGAGGAGGAAGAGGAAGAGGAGGAAGAAGAGGAAGAAGAAGAGGAAGAAGAGGAAGAAGAGGAGGAAGAGGAGGUGCCUGAUGACCUGGCCAGCUAUGCCCAGAGGGAGGACAUCACGGUGGCUGAGCCCAAAGAAUUCAAGCGUGUCAGCCUCCCACCUGCUGCCCCAGAGGAAGAGAAGGUCCCAGCAGUGCCCACAGAGGCCCCAGAUGGGACCAGGGGCGUCCCCAAGCCAGCCACACCUGAAGAGGUGUCAGCAACCAAACUUGCACAGGAAGCUGAGCCCCCCAAGGCUGAGGAGAGGCCUGGAGAGGAUCAGGAGAGACAGGAGGGGCAGGAUUCCAUGUCCAGGGCCAAGGCCAACUGGCUGCGGGCCUUCAACAAGGUGCGGAUACAACUACAGGAGGCACGGGGAGAAGGAGAAAUGUCCAAAUCUUUGUGGUUCAAAGGCGGCCCUGGAGGUGGUCUCAUCAUCAUUGACAGCAUGCCGGACAUCAGGAAGAGGAAGCCCAUUCCCCUUGUGAGCGACCUGGCCAUGUCCCUGGUCCAGUCACGGAAGGCGGGCAUCACCUCGGCCUUGGCCUCCAGCACGUUGAACAACGAGGAGCUGAAAAACCACGUUUACAAGAAGACCCUGCAAGCCUUAAUCUACCCCAUCUCCUGCACCACGCCACACAACUUCGAGGUGUGGACGGCCACCACCCCCACCUACUGCUACGAGUGCGAGGGCCUGCUGUGGGGCAUCGCGCGGCAAGGCAUGCGCUGCACAGAGUGCGGGGUCAAGUGCCAUGAGAAGUGCCAGGACCUGCUCAAUGCCGACUGCCUGCAGCGGGCGGCGGAGAAGAGCUCGAAGCACGGUGCAGAGGAUCGGACACAGAACAUCAUCAUGGUGCUCAAGGACCGCAUGAAGAUCCGUGAGCGCAACAAGCCUGAGAUCUUCGAGCUCAUCCAAGAGAUCUUCGCUGUUACCAAGACGGCGCACACACAGCAGAUGAAGGCCGUCAAGCAGAGCGUGCUGGAUGGCACGUCCAAGUGGUCGGCCAAGAUCAGCAUUACUGUGGUCUGUGCCCAGGGCUUGCAGGCCAAGGACAAGACAGGAUCCAGUGAUCCUUAUGUCACCGUCCAGGUUGGGAAGACAAAGAAGAGGACGAAAACCAUUUAUGGGAACCUCAACCCGGUGUGGGAAGAGAAUUUCCACUUUGAAUGUCACAACUCCUCUGACCGGAUCAAGGUACGAGUCUGGGACGAAGACGAUGACAUCAAAUCCCGGGUGAAGCAGAGGUUCAAGAGGGAGUCUGAUGACUUCCUGGGGCAGACGAUCAUCGAGGUGCGGACGCUUAGCGGCGAGAUGGACGUGUGGUACAAUCUGGACAAGAGAACAGACAAGUCGGCAGUGUCGGGUGCUAUCCGCCUUCACAUCAGCGUAGAGAUCAAAGGCGAGGAGAAGGUAGCACCCUACCACGUCCAGUACACUUGUCUGCAUGAGAACCUGUUCCACUUUGUGACAGAUGUGCAGAACAACGGUGUGGUGAAGAUCCCUGAUGCCAAGGGCGAUGACGCCUGGAAGGUUUACUACGAUGAGACAGCCCAAGAGAUUGUGGAUGAGUUCGCCAUGCGCUAUGGCGUGGAGUCCAUCUACCAAGCCAUGACCCACUUCGCCUGCCUCUCCUCCAAGUACAUGUGCCCUGGGGUGCCCGCCGUCAUGAGCACCCUGCUCGCCAACAUCAACGCCUACUACGCACACACCACCGCCUCCACCAACGUGUCUGCCUCUGACCGCUUCGCCGCCUCCAACUUCGGGAAAGAGCGCUUUGUGAAACUUCUGGACCAGCUACACAAUUCCCUGCGGAUCGACCUGUCCAUGUACCGGAACAACUUCCCAGCUAGCAGCCCGGAGCGGCUGCAGGACCUUAAGUCCACGGUGGACCUCCUCACCAGCAUCACCUUCUUCCGGAUGAAGGUUCAAGAGCUCCAGAGCCCACCCCGUGCCAGCCAGGUGGUAAAGGACUGCGUGAAGGCGUGCCUCAACUCCACCUAUGAAUAUAUCUUCAACAACUGUCAUGAGCUCUACAGCCGCGAAUACCAAACAGACCCGGCCAAAAAAGGGGAGGUGCCCCCUGAGGAGCAGGGUCCCAGCAUCAAGAACCUGGACUUCUGGUCCAAGCUGAUCACCCUCAUCGUGUCGAUCAUUGAGGAGGACAAGAACUCCUACACACCUUGCCUCAAUCAGUUUCCCCAAGAGCUGAAUGUGGGAAAGAUCAGUGCUGAGGUCAUGUGGAGUCUGUUUGCUCAGGAUAUGAAGUACGCCAUGGAGGAGCACGACAAGCACCGACUGUGCAAGAGUGCGGACUACAUGAACCUGCACUUUAAGGUCAAAUGGCUCUACAAUGAGUAUGUGGCUGAGUUACCUGCCUGCAAGGACCGCGUGCCUGAGUACCCUGCGUGGUUUGAACCCUUCGUCAUCCAAUGGCUGGAUGAGAAUGAGGAGGUGUCCCGGGACUUCCUGCAUGGCGCCCUCGAGCGAGACAAGAAGGAUGGGUUCCAGCAGACCUCAGAGCAUGCGCUGUUCUCCUGCUCGGUGGUGGACGUCUUUUCCCAGCUCAACCAGAGCUUUGAGAUCAUCAAGAAGCUGGAGUGCCCCGACCCCCAGAUUGUUGGCCACUACAUGCGGCGCUUUGCCAAGACCAUCAGCAACGUGCUCCUGCAGUACGCGGACAUCAUCUCCAAGGCCUUCGCCUCCUACUGCUCCAGGGAGAAGGAGAACGUGCCCUGCAUCCUCAUGAACAACACGCAGCAGCUGCGGGUGCAACUCGAGAAGAUGUUCGAGGCGAUGGGCGGGAAAGAGCUGGAUGCCGAGGCCAGUGACAUCCUGAAGGAGCUGCAGGUGAAGCUCAACAGCGUCUUGGAUGACCUGAGCCGUGUGUUUGCCACCAGCUUCCAGCCGCACAUUGAGGAAUGUGUCAAACAGAUGGGAGAUAUCCUGAGCCAGGUGAAGGGCACAGGCAACGUGCCGGCCAGUGCAUGCAGCAGCGUGGCCCAGGAUGCUGACAACGUGCUGCAGCCUAUCAUGGACCUCCUGGACAGCAACCUCACCCUUUUCGCCAAAAUCUGUGAGAAGACAGUUCUAAAGCGUGUGCUGAAGGAGCUGUGGAAGCUGGUGAUGAACACCAUGGAGAGGACCAUUGUCCUGCCACCACUCACAGACCAGACGAUGAUUGGUACUCUCUUGAGAAAACAUGGCAAGGGCCUAGAAAAGGGCAGGGUGAAACUGCCAAGCCACUCAGACGGAACACAAAUGAUCUUCAAUGCCGCCAAGGAGCUGGGCCAGCUCUCCAAGCUCAAGGACCAUAUGGUACGAGAGGAAGCCAAGAGCCUAACCCCAAAGCAGUGUGCUGUGGUUGAACUGGCCUUGGACACCAUCAAGCAAUACUUCCACGCGGGUGGUGUGGGCCUUAAGAAGACUUUCCUGGAGAAGAGCCCGGACCUGCAGUCCCUGCGCUACGCCUUGUCCCUCUACACGCAGGCUACGGACCUACUCAUCAAGACCUUCGUGCAGACCCAGUCUGCGCAGGGCUCGGGUGUGGAGGACCCUGUAGGUGAAGUGUCUGUUCACGUGGAGCUGUUCACACAUCCGGGGACUGGAGAGCAGAAGGUCACAGUGAAGGUGGUGGCGGCCAAUGACCUCAAGUGGCAGACUUCUGGCAUCUUUCGGCCAUUCAUUGAGGUCAACAUCGUUGGGCCUCAGCUCAGUGACAAGAAGCGAAAGUUUGCCACCAAAUCCAAGAACAACAGCUGGGCACCCAAGUACAACGAGAGUUUCCAGUUCUCACUGAGCGCCGACGCGGGCCCUGAGUGCUAUGAGCUGCAGGUGUGCGUGAAGGACUACUGCUUCGCGCGCGAGGACCGCACGGUGGGGUUGGCCGUGCUGCAGUUGCGGGAGCUGGCCCAGCGCGGGAGCACCGCAUGCUGGCUGCCGCUCGGCCGCCGCAUCCACAUGGACGACACAGGGCUCACGGUGCUGCGCAUCCUGUCGCAGCGCAGCAACGACGAGGUGGCCAAGGAGUUCGUCAAGCUCAAGUCCGACACGCGUUCUGCCGAGGAGGGCGGUGCCGCGCCUGCGCCAUAGCGCGCUGGGGGGGGGUCGGUAAGGGUCGGACCACCGAGCAGACGUAGGCCUCGCCCCUAAAGGUCUAGCCCCUCCCGAGGCCACGCCCUCCCUCUUAGUGGCCUUGGUUGGGGAUGGGAGGAAGCCCCGCCCCCGAGGAGGCCACGCCCCAGGCUCUGGCGGGAAGCCCCGCCUCCUGCCCCCUGGAAAAGCCAUAAAGAGGGUCCCAGUACCCUGGUGCCCGGGACCAAUUGCUAAGUGUGGUCUCGGUUCCCCAGGCGAGGGGCACGGAUGCCUGGGGUACCCGGAGGCUGAAGGCAUAGGGCACUGAGUCCCCUUUGAUGUUUGUGCAAAAAAUUAAUUGGGGGUGGGGGUCUCUAAAGCACAUGCGCCCUAGGGCGCCACACCCGGAGGCCUAAGGGGCGGCCCGCUUCCCUGUGGGGUAUCUCCCCCACUCUCCCACAAACCCGGUCCUCAUAGCCCAGCGAACGCACCGAUAGGUGCCAUCCUCGGUGGGCUGAGCCUGGCCAAACGGCCCAAGCCCCCAUCGCUGCUAAAUCCCCUCUUCCCCCUAUUUCUUCCCCUAGGAGGAUCCCCCCGCCAAGGCCCCCAUUGAGUCCUCUGGCUGCCAAACCCCUGUCCCCAGCCCUUUCUCCAGGGACUCAAGCCGGAACCGCCUAGAACUCAAUGUCCCACCAAGACUGAGGGCUUGGGGUCCCUGGACCCAGGCUCCCACAUCCUUUGGCCUUUUUCCACAUUCUCCACGCAGGAAAGGACAGAAAGAGACCAGAAACUAGAGGUUUGUGUGUAUAUGUGUGUCUGUGUGUGUGUGUGUGUGUGUGUGUGUGUGUAUGUAUGUGGUGUGCCAGUUCGAUCACAUGGACAAUGUUGGCUCAGAAUGUCAUUCAGCCGCCCCCAUCCUGGAUGCUGGUGCCGGCAGGACCCCUGCAUGCCUGGAGCUCUGCCUCCAGCCCACAAAUUUGGCUGAGAAGUUAGUUCAUGCAAGAGGCCUUCACUUGAGCCUCAGGGUUGGCUGGGCAGUUGUCGAAGUUGCACACUACACAGGGAUCUUGGCAUCUCUAAGGAGGCCACAUGCAAAUCCUAGGCUACUGAGCAUGAUAGAGUUCGUUGCCCCUUUUCUGCCUGGCGUGAAAGGGCUGUGUGCCCCAUGAAUUUUGAAGCACGAGAUGAGGAGUCAUCUGUGCCCAGAGGCAGGAUGGAGGCUCUCUUACAGGAUGGGGUUUCAUCCAGGGACAGGGUGCUUUGAGACUGCUCCAGGAGGGAGGGUGAUAUGACUCACUUGAUGGCACUGGACACCAGGAAGGGGCGGUGGGCUGUGAGGGAGGUCAGCCUUGGAAGUCUUUUGAGUGGCAGCAGGAAUGUGAACUGUAGGACUGUGUGACAGAAGCAAGAGGGUGCCAGAAAGUUCCAGAGAGAGAGAGAGAGAGAGAGAGAGAGAGAGAGAGAGAGAGAGAAAGAGAAAGAGAAAGAGAAUGUGUGUGUGUGUGUGUGUAGCCCAGGCUAGGACUGUUAGGAAUCUCCUCUACCACAGACUUGGUCACCUUCCAUACAGGUCACAGAACAACUGCACAAACUGUCCCUCAGGAACUCCUGCUUCUGCCUGUGUUCAGAUUGGCCCUAAUGUCAUGACACUGGGGAGUCUGUCUGGCUUAAGCCUGUUGGAAGCUCCAAGUUUCCCCAGAAUAAGCAGCUGUCGGGGAAUGAAGGCAGGUUGUGCUAAUUGGAGUGAUGUGGCUGAGGGCCGGUGUGUCACCAUGCACAUGCAUGCCUGUCCUGCCAGCUUCCUGGGCCGUGACAUAAGCCAGGCCCAGUUGAGCCCUGGACUACCAGGAUUGAGGGAGAGGAAUGAGCAGGGGGUGGGUUCUGACAGUCUAGGCUACAGAAGGGCUAGAGAGAAAGUUUCCCCAAAGCUAUCCAGCCUGGGACGUCCCUAUGAGCUUUCCUGCCUGCUUUGGAGGACCUUAGCAAAUGGGCCCUGCUGUGGUCCUGCGCCUCUCCACACUAGGAUUAGAACCAUGAGGAAGCCUGGCCUGGCCAGAAGCAGGAAGCCGACAGCAGGUCAGGGUGGGAGGAGCCAAAGCUGGGUUCCCAAGAGACAUAAGGACAAGGUGGGACCCCUUUAAUCCCAGCACUCCGGAGGCAGAGGCAGGGGGAUCUCUGUGAGUUCAAGGCCAGCCUGGUCUACAUAGUGAGUUCCAGGCCAGCUGGGGCUACAGGGAGACCCUGUCUCAAAAAGACGGAAAAAAGAAUUAAAAGACUCAAGGAGGAAGGCAGGUUUAGGGUGACAGCUGCAGAGAGGGCCGAAGGAGGGAGGGGUGGGAAGUAGGUAAGAAAGUUAGGGGAGCUGAGGGUGUGGCCCCAGCCUAGAAUCCCCCAGUGAGGGCCUGUGGACAAGGCCUAGUAUCUGCCAAUUAUGCACUGUACCGGGUUCUGUAUCCAGCACCCCCGCCAUAUUAAAAAGGCAGCACCGCCCUGCCUUCAGCUCACCCCCAACCUGAAAAGAGUCAGCACAUGAAGGGGUGCCCUCUGCACCCCCACCAGUCCCUCUUGGAACCCAGGGCCGGUCGCCUCACCAUGCCCCUCCCCCAUCAGACAUGCAAAAAAUUAAAUCCACCCAGAACUCCUAGGGACCUCUCUCGGCUGAGACCUCAGAUUCUCCCGGGUCCCAAGCAGCCCCCUGGGGUGGGGCCUGUGCUGCGGGGACCGGGGCGGGACGGGACUUUCUGGCCCCGCCCCAUUCCCUGAGCUUCCUUCCUAAGAAUCCUUCAGGACCAAAGCCGGCUAAGCUUACCCUGGUCGCUUUCCUUUUGCCUUUUGUUUUGAAAAGCGAAAUGGAACUGAGUCAGGUCAGACCUCAGCCCCGCCCAGCCAGAGGCUCUGACGACGCAGGUGACAGGCGGGGCGGCCCCUGCACCCCAGACGGUCCCCGACCCCCGAGCCCUGGCAGCCCCUCCACUCGCCUUUCUUAGCAUGUGACUGCAAAUGUGGACUCCAAGCGGUGUUCUUGGGGUUUUUUCCGUUUUGUUUUUGGGUUUGUUUUUUUUUUUUAAGGUUCACUCUGUUGGUCCGGUGUCUUCCGGGGCGCCCUCAUUUAUCAGUCAAUAGGUGACUUGGGACACGCGUUCAAAACACCCGGGGAGUGUUCAUGAGUGCAUGGCGUUGAGGUGUUUUGCACUAUUCUGACUUUUUGGUCUCUGUAAAAAUAUUUUAUUAGCAUUAAAAAAAGAAAAAGCACAG